AUGGCUUGUUCCACUGCAUCUUUAGCAGCGACGCUGCUGGCGUUCGCGCUGAUGUUCCAGGCCUGCCUCGCGGGGAGGAGGCUCACCGCGCUCGUCCAGGAGCCGGCCAUCACCAUGAAGUACCACAAGGGCGCGCUCCUGUCGGGCCCCAUCGCCGUCAAUUUCAUCUGGUACGGCGACUUCUCGGCGCCGCAGCGCGCGGUGAUCACCGACUUCGUCUCGUCGCUGUCCGCGGCCCCGGCGGCGGCGCAGCCGGAGCCGUCCGUGGCCACGUGGUUCAAGACGGCGCGCAAGUACUACGCCAGCUCCAAGGCGCGGUUCCCGGCGCUGCGCCUCGGCUCCCACGUCGUCGACCAGAACUGCUCCCUCGGCAAGCGGCUCACGGAGAGGGACCUCCUCAGGCUCGCCGCCAAGGGGAGCCCGAGCCGCGCCAUCAACCUGGUGCUCACGGCCGCCGACGUGGCCGUGGACGGGUUCUGCAUGUCCCGGUGCGGCACGCACGGCGCGUCCCCGCGUUCCCGCUCCGGCCGGUUCGCGUACGUCUGGGUGGGCAACCCGGCGUCGCAGUGCCCCGGACAGUGCGCGUGGCCGUUCCACCAGCCCGUGUACGGCCCGCAGUCGGCGCCUCUCACCCCGCCCAACGGCGACGUCGGGGUCGACGGCAUGGUGAUCUCGCUGGCGUCCAUGAUCGUCGGCACGGUCACCAACCCGUUCGGCAACGGGUUCUACCAGGACGGCUCGGCCGACGCGCCGCUGGAGGCCGCCACGGCGUGCGCCGGCGUGUACGGCAAGGGCGCCUACCCCGGCUACGCGGGGUCGCUGCUGGUGGACCAGGCCAGCGGGGCCAGCUUCAAUGCCAACGGGGCCCACGGGAGGAAGUACCUGGUCCCGGCGCUCGUGGACCCGGACACGUCGUCGUGCGCCACCUUGGGGUAG